CAGGUGUCGCUAUGGCUCGAGAUGGUGGACUGCCCGCUGUCCUGCGGGAUAAGAAAGCAUUUCCUACCAAGCAGAUGGCUAUCCUUGGUAAAUCUCACGUCUUUACAUUCGCUCGUGGCUGUACUGACCGAGGCGUUCCAUAGCGCUCUGCCGCAUUUGCGAGCCCAUCGCAUUCAUGUCCAUCUUCCCUUACGUAUACUACAUGGUCCAAUCUUUCAAGAUCACAGAGUCGGAGGGAGAGAUUUCCAUGUAUGCAGGAAUGGUGACCUCCGCAUUCGCCUUCGCAGAGUGCUUCAGUGGAUAUUUCUGGGGCCGGUUGAGCGACCGUGUCGGACGCAAAAAGGUUCUCCUAGGGGGACUUUUCGGAACGGGAUUAAGCAUGUUGCUCUUUGGGUUUGCCACAAACUUGCCAAUGGCUCUGAUUGCACGCGCCUUGGGCGGUUUGCUGAACGGAAACAUUGGCGUGCUCUCGACCACUGUCGCAGAGCUGGUCACCGUGAAGGAGCACCAACCGCGGGCCUUCUCAAUUAUGCCAUUUGUUUGGUGCGUUGGCACCAUCAUCGGUUCCAGCCUUGGCGGUCUUCUGGCGAACCCUGCAGACAGCUGGGGAUCCGUCUUCAGCGGCACGAUAUUCGAGGCGUAUCCGUAUCUCUUGCCAAAUUUGGUGUGCACCGCGAUUGUCGUCUGCGGUCUCACUAUCGGCAUCCUCUUCCUCGAGGAAACUCACGAAGAUAUCAAGUAUCGACGUGACCGCGGCCGGGAAGUAGGCCAGUGGAUUUUGCGAAAGCUCUGGAACCAGAGUUAUCCGCCCCUGACUGAGAAAGCUGAGUCCUUUGACGAGGUUCUCUCAAUGCUCAGAGAAUCCCCACCACAUGACUAUGACAGCGCUUGUAGUUCCCCAACGCUCUGUGGAGCCCGGACCCCCAUUGAAGGGCUUCCAGAACCUUUGGAAAAGGAGUUGGACGCGACAUUCAACGUUCGCAGUGCUUUUACGAAGCAAAUCUGCCUCAUCAUCGUUGGCGUUGGGAUUCUGGCUUUUCACACGAUUUCACUAGAGCAGCUCAUCCCUAUCCUGAUGUCUCACCCGGAGUCGACCGAGGCACCAAAACUUCCCUUCAGGUUCCAGGGCGGAUUCGGCUACUCGACGCAAACGAUUGGUACUAUCCUUGCUGUGCAAGGCGCACUCCAGAUGGUGGCCCAGCUGGUUUUAUUCCCCUGGAUUAGCAAGAGACUGGGAAGUCUUCGCACCUUUUGGCUCACGAUAGCCCUCUACCCGUUUCUCUAUCUGCUCGCCCCGUAUCUGGCGCUCCUCCCCAAGCAAUUUCGCAUCCCCGGCAUCAUCCUCCUACUUGUCUGGAAGGUCACGGCCCAGUCACUCUCUUAUCCAUCACUGAACAUUAUGCUCACGAACGCUUCCCCUUCAAAGAAGGUACUUGGCACCCUGAAUGGAGCUUACGCAAGUUCAGCGAGUGUCUGCCGCGGAUUCGGACCAACAGUGUCAGGAGCGAUCGCUACUCUAGGUGACAGCCACGGCAUCUCGGGCCUUGCUUGGUGGGCCUGUGCUGGGAUUGCCAUGAUCGCGUGGAUCCCCGGAUUUUUCAUGGAAGAGAGGAGACCAGAAGUGUGGUUAGGAGGCCACGUCGACGACGAGGAAUACGCGUAUGCGGCAUGCCUGGCCGACGACGAUUCAUCAGACGCUGGCUCGAUCGAGACACUUUCGCCCCUGGCUACGGUUGAGGUGCUUCCCAAAUGAGUGUGACGUCCAUAUCGGGCAUGCUGAGACGACCUUGCACAAAACGAAAAAGACACUACUGGAAUUCAGUGGGGAGGAAUGAAUGGAGUAAUAUUUGGCUGGAAUUAUAGACAUCCCUGCAUCGGCUGGAACGAAAGGGUAGACACGGCUUUAACGGACUAGCAUUGACGAGGCGCUUUUAGAAGGGGGGAACAUCUGGA